AUGAACGCCGACGAGUGCGCGCGGUGCCUGCGCGCGAUCGCGGCGCACCGCCCGGACAUGAAGCAGUUCGCCGAGCCCGAGGUGGAGGUGGAUUACGCGCGCGUCCUCGGCGAGGGCGGGUUCUGCACCGCGUACGCCGCGCGGUUUCGAAACGAAAUCGUGUGCGCGCGCGUGGUGGACUCGAACAAGGAAUCGCUGGUGGUGAGCGAGGUGGCGACGGUGAGCGAUUUGCCGCGGUGCGCGGUCAAGGUGCACGGGUGCGCGGCGACGACGCGGCCGAGCGACGGGAAGAAGUAUCUGGCGGUGCUGAGCGAACUCUGCGAGGACGGAUGCUUGGAGGAUUUCGUGACGCGGGAGCGGGCGAGCGGACGCGCGCUGAGCGAGCGGGUGAAGUUGGAUUUGUUCUUGCAGGUGGCGGAGGGACUGGAGGCGCUGAAGGGCGCGCGCGUGGUGUGGAGGGAUUUGAAGGCGAAGAAUUUGUUGGUGCGGAGCGCGCUGAGGAACGCGUUCGGGACGGUGACGAAGGUGACGAUCGGAUUCACGGAUUGGGGGACCGCGGUGCGGCUGCCAAAGGUUGGGAAGCGGAGGAUGACGCUGCAGGGACCGGGGACGUGCGGGUACAUCGCGCCGGAGACGCGCGGGCCGCAUUACGACUUUCAAGCCGAUAUGUGGGCGUUCUUGGUCUGGGCCGCGUCCAUGUGCUUAGACGUGGAGGUUUUGGUGGAUUGUCAGCUGGAAGAAGCGCUCGGGGAGCUGAAGUUGGAGAAGAAGAUUGCGGCGACGGCGGGUCAAGAGACGCGCGUCAAGGAGAUUCUCGCCAAGUUUGACGACCGCGUCGCGCCGGGAUGUCGCGUGUUGUACGAGUUUUUGAAGUCCACGACCUGGGUCGACGCGAACGAGCGGUGGAGCGCGGACGAGGCGAUCGAGGAGAUGGUGGAUUUCCGCGAAGCAAACGAUUUGGAGCUGCCCAUGGGCGGGUGCACGCCCGCGCGCCCGACGAGUUUCCCAGAGGAGAGCGUGCAGUGCACGGACGUGGACGACGGAGAAGACGACGACGAAGGCGAAGAAGUCGAACAGAGAAGUCCAAUGAGCGUGCAAGCGCUGACGCCGGGUCCAUUCACGAUGACGCCGUACGCGCCGACGCCGUACGCGAUGACGCCCGCCAUCGAUUCGUGCACGCCGGGACCGAGAUGGCAUCCGCUCAUGAACCGACAACUCGUCGAAUUGCCGCCGCCGAUGUACUUACAGCACGCGCGCGAGCCGGAGGAUGACAUGCCGCCUCCACGAGAGAAAACGCCCGUCGCGAGCACGCCCGUGGUCACGGUGGCGCGAGUCGCCGUGGACGUCGCGCCCGUCGUCGAGGCGACGCGAUCGCCGCUCGGCGUCGUCGACUUGAACGCGGCGACGACGCAGUCAGAAGCUUCGAAGCCACAAAAAAAGCGCCGUGGGCGCCCACCCAAGGUGAAAAACGGUCCGCCACCGGCGAAAAAGUCCAGAGUCGAAGCGCCCGCGAGGGACGAUUCGAUGGCGCUCGCGCUCGUGCGCUCGAAAGGAUGCAGCAAAUGUCGAUGGGCGUCGAACGGGUGCGGCGCGUGCGAUCCAGACACGCCGCGUGCGCCGACAGGGCCACGCGCGGCUGCGGCGAAGAAGAAGACAAAAGCUCCGACGGUGGUGAAAGCGACGAAGAAGACGAAGAGCGCGGCGAAAGCCACCGCAUCGAAUUCGAUGGCGCUCGUCGUCUACGGCACCAAGGGUUGCAGCAAGUGCAGAUGGUCCGCGAACGGGUGCGGCGCAUGCGAUCCCGGCACCGCGCGACUUCCGCGCGGACCAGCUGCGCAAAAGUUGGCACUCGCGGCGAAGAAAGCCACCAAGGCGCCAAAGAAGAAGGCGAGCGUUCGCGCGGACAAUUCCAUGGCGCUCGUGGUCGUCGGGAAAGGAUGCAGCAAGUGUCGUUGGGCAUCCACAGGGUGCGGCGCGUGCGAUCCAGACACGCCGCGCUCAAAACGCGGACCUCGCGGUGGAACGCCGAAGACCAGGGCGGUGGCGGCGAAGAAGACGACGAAGACCAAGGCAAAGACGGCCCCGCGCGUUCAAACGAAGAGCGCCAAGGGAGUCAACGUCAAGUUCCCAUCCAAGUCAAAGGCGAAGGCGUUCAUCGACAUCAACACGGGCGAACGGAAAAUCGUCACGGAGCUCACGCUCGUCCCCGUGCGCACGGCGGACGGUAAGCCCGCUCGCGGUCGACCUCGCGUGUUGCGUCCGCCUCGCACCGAGCUCGGGUGCUCGAAGUGUCGCUACGCCGCCAAGGGCUGCGGCAAGUGUCGCGAGGAACUCGAAGAAGCCAAGCUGCUGCUCGCGCGUAAAAAGUAG